GUUCCAUUCUGCCUGGAGCUUAGAUGGUGGAAUCAAAGCAUAAUAAUAUCACAACAUUUGGCCGAAGAAAAUCAUCUCGAGUUUUUUGAGGAAGAAGACGACUGCUACGGCGUGGGCGUACUGAAAUGGCGGCUGCACAAGAACCAUCAAACCGACAGAAUUUGCAAAGCUAUGAUGCUUAUUUCGAGAUGGUACAAAAGAAAAAGAAGCUACCUAGUUCAUUACAAGAGUCUCUUACAGAUUCCUUUGCCAAAAUUCCUGCAUCAUUCUUCCCACAAGUCCCUGGAGGCAAAGUAAUUGAGAUUCUAGGAAACACAUCCAUUGGCGAUGCAGUUAAAAUCUUGUCUGAAUCCAACAUUCUCUCGGCUCCUGUAGUCAAUCCUGACUCCAGGGAUAAUGUAGAUUGGAGGAAAAGAUAUUUGGGGAUUGUGGAUUACUCUGCUAUCGUGCUCUGGGUAAUGCAGAAUGCAGAGAUUGCAGCAGCAGCUCUGUCCACCACCUCUGCAGCUGCUGCUGGGGUCGGGACCGGCGCCGCCGGUGCACUUGGUGCCCUGGCUUUCGGAGCCACUGGUCCUCUAGCUGUCGCCGGUCUUACAGCCGCUGCAGUUGGGGCGGCGGUGGUGGGAGGUGUGGCGGCUGAAAAAGGAAUGGGAAGAGAUGCCCCGACUGCUGCUAAUAAGCUAGGGGAGGAUUUCUACAAGGUUAUCCUCCACGAGGAGCCGUUUAAGUCGACCACGGUGCUUUCGAUCCUUAAGUCCUACCGGUGGGCGCCAUUUGUUCCUGUAGGUCCGGACAGUUCAAUGUUGAGUGUAAUGUUACUGCUGUCCAAGUACAGGCUGAGGAAUGUGCCGAUGAUUGAGACGGGGAAAGCCUCCAUUAAGAACUUCAUUACACAAUCUGCUGUAGUGCAGGGCCUCCAGGCAUGCAAAGGAAGGGAUUGGUUCGAUUGCAUAUCUUCCUGCUCUCUGCCUCAAUUAGGACUACCUUUGAUGUCUCCUGAUCAGGUUGUCAUGGUCGGACACGAUGAAUUGAUACUGGAAGCAUUCAAUAAAAUGAAAGACAAGCAAAUCGGAGGGCUGGCGGUGACGGAGGGGGCAACAAGAAAAAUAUGCGGCAACAUAAGCAUAAGAGAUAUUCGAUUCUUGUUGCUGAAACCUGAACUCUUUUCGAAUUUCAGGAAACUGACUGUAGAGGACUUCAUGAGCGUAGUGUGGUCGGAGACGAAUGAGACGGGGAAGACGGUGAAGCCGAUCACGUGCAAGGCCGAUGCAAGUCUUGGAGAGGUGAUAGACACACUUGCUUCCAGGGCAGUUCAUCGGAUCUAUGUAGUGAACGAGGUGGAGGAGGUGGUGGGCGUCAUUACAUUAAGGGAUGUCAUCUCGUGCUUCAUCUUUGAGCCACCAAACUUCUUCGAUAACUACUUUGGAUUUGCAGCAAAGGAACUAUUGAGUGAGUGAUUACACAUUAAUUGCAUGCAUGUUGGUGUUGGAUUAUCAUAUCAUUAUUACUUAUAUAGAAGGAUAAUAUUAACAAGACUCUUGGUUGGGUUUCGAUUUGUUGUGUUGAAUUUCACUUGCAUUUAUGUAUAUGUUUAUUUGAUGAUUUU